AUGAAGAACCUGUCAGCGCUUGUGCUUGCAGUUGCCUUACUGGCUUCCUUGGCAGAGGCCUCUCCGAUUGUGAGCGAAAAACAGGCCAAACAGCUCCUGAGAUCCCGGCGACAGGACAGGCCCAGCAAACCUGGAUUCCCUGACGAGCCAAUGCGGGAGUACAUGCAUCACCUGCUGGCCCUGGAGCACCGUGCUGAGGAGCAGUUUCUGGAGCACUGGCUGAACCCUCACUGCAAGCCCCACUGCGACAGGAACAGGGUCCACCCUGUGUAA